CUGGUGUUGAAGAACGUGGAUGAUGACCAUCUCAACGACUCGCUGGGGAACGCCGGCCUCAUCUCGCCGGACAAGGAGGAUUUGGCUCGCCUCCUGACGGUUCCGUUCAGCGGGCGCAUCCGCGGCGGCAUGCGGCCAGGGAAGAAGAUCAUAGUGAUGGGCAUCGUUGACCUGGAGCCAGACAGGUACGCAAACACCUGCCCGACCUGCGGCCGGGACUCGGAGAAGGAGGACCCCCCCGCGCACGACGUGGCGCUGAAGCUCUCCGCCCGCUUCGGCGACCGGCAGUUCCUGCGCAGCGCCCGGAUCUCCGGGAAGUGGACGGAGGAGGAGGCGUCCACCGUCUACUUCCCCUUCAUCCCCGACCAGCCGUUCAGGAUCGAGAUCCACUGUGAGCACCAGCGGUUCCGCAUAUUCGUGGAUGGACACCAGCUCUUUGACUUUUAUCACAAAGUAAAAUCUUUACCUUCUAUCGACACAGUACGAAUACAAGGGGAUCUACAGAUCACCAAGCUCGGUUAA